AUGUCACGUCACCAGUAUGACUUGGUCCAGUGUAUGAAACAGCCAGGCACACGCGUUGGGAAGGUGUGCCAACAGUGUGAUGGAAGAUGUCCAAUAUGUGAUUCUUAUGUCAAACCGACAGCUAAGGUUAGAAUAUGUGAUGGAUGUUCGUUUGGACACCUUGGAGAUAAGUGCAUAUUGUGUGGGAAUGGGUUAGGGAGAGAGGAAGGCUCAGGGUCUGCUGCUUACUACUGUUUAGAGUGUGUUCGCCAGGAGAAACACCGGGAAGGAUGCCCACGGAUUGUUAAUAUUGGUAGUUCGAAAGCAGAUAUGAUGUUUAAGAAGGUUUCCACCAAUUCACUACAGCGAUGA